AUGCAGAACUCACUUCUUCACGAGCUAGUUGUUGGAACUCCAAUCAUAUAUGACCAGUUUCAAAAAUCAGAUAACAGAUGCUUACUUGAUUACGCCUCUCAUCAAUGUCAAUAUCCAUCCAAACAUCAAAGCAUAUGUAGAGCAAGUUCUAACCAAAAGAAGCGCAGCAGGAAGGCCGAUAGUAAUUCUGAAAUUUCAGUGGGACUAGGGUCAAACAUAUCAGAAACUAUUAAAAGGAAGUUGAGCUUAGGGGCUCGAAUUCUUCAAAUGGGUGGAGUGGAGAAAGUGUUGAUGAAGUAUUUCAGUGUGAUGGAGGGGGAGAGGUUAUUGAAAGUUUGCCAUUGUUAUCUGUCCACCACAUCUGGCCCUCUAGCUGGCUUCCUCUUCAUCUCAACUGAAAAGGUUGCCUUUUGCAGUGACAGAUCCAUAAAAGUCUUUAAUCAGAAAGGGCAAAUGUGUAGGAUCCGCUAUAAGGUUUCAAUUCCAGUGAAGAAGAUAAAGAGUGUGAGGCAAAGUGAAAAUGUUGAGAAGCCAAGACACAAGUAUAUAAAUAUAGUUACAGUUGACAAUUUUGAUUUCUGGCUUAUGGGCGUAUCCAAAUAUCAUAAAACUUAUAAAUAUCUGGAGCAGACAAUUUCUCAAGCAGAGAUGAUAUACAGCAAGUAA